GUGGUACCUAAUUUCGGUGUUUCAUUAUAAAUACUGUCACUCUGAAGGCCAGAUUAAUUCCCACAAACAUAAUAGAAAUGUCAUGCAGGAGAUUAAAAAGGAAGGUCUGAUUUUGUAGGACACAAGACAUUUAUAAAUAACCCCAAUAAAAUAAUCUUAAAUUGGUUUACAGAAUACAGUAGCUAUGACUUGUAGGACUGCAGCUAACAAUUUUCAGUUCUGAUUAAACUGACGAUUAUUUCCGUUGUUAAUCGUUUAUUCUACAAAAUACUUUUAAAAUCUGUAAAAAAAAAUGACUGUCACUACUUGUUUUGUCAUUUCAAAAACCAGAUAUAUUUUGUUAGGAGUUAUGACAUAGCAAGCAGAAAGUUCCCAGUGAUGAGUCUAACUGUAGGACAAUCAACACAAGGCGGCGUGUGACGCGGAUAAGCGUGUCAGGUCUUCAGGAUAGCUACUGUCCUAUUUUCCCACCGUAGAGGCGUGUCAAAAGCAUCAAAUAUACUGAAGUACACAUCAUUUUCCAUAGUCAUGCACUGAAUUCGCGCCACUCCCGCGCGUCACAUGACGAGCUGCGACGCCUUUGUGCGGUGCCAACAUGCUACCUAGAUAACAAGGAGGUCAAAGGUCAGAGUAGAAGCAAAGCUUAGGAAAACCUGUGAGUCCGAUAUAAAAAGUGAAGCACACAUCCGACAAAACCAGUAGUUUUAUCAUAUAUGAAAACGUAAUAUUUCAACGGCUAAAAUUAAGACAGAGAACGGGGUAAAACCUCCGUUUUAUGACAAAAAAAAAAACGCGGAUGUGUGUGUGGGUGAGCAAAAUACUCGUGCUUGAACGUCAUCUGCGUCCCUCCCUCUCCGUUAUCCUCUCACUCCUCCCUCAGUCUGUUUCUUUCAGUUCGCUCCCCUGCCGGACUUACCUCCGUCUCUGCCCAGCCGGACACCCAGUCAGCCCCCACCGACUCCUGGGACACAAGGGGGAAAAGAUUAACUGGGUUACGACGAGAGAGACAAAAAAAAUCGCCUAAACAUUUGUUGGGAAACAACUGGCGGUCGCAUUGCGGCAUCCCACAUAUUCUCUCAUCAGUGGCAGCUUUUUUCUUAUCACCCCCAUUAAUCAUUUUCUGUUGAAGAAAAACAAACUUUGAGCUCCAGGGAAAUAUAAAAAUCAGUCCGGAUACUAAACUCGGACACAACCUGCGCACUUCUGAGCACAACCAGCGGGCUGGGCAUAGUUAACAGGACCGUUAGCCAGCUAGGUGGGACCCGGACGAUUUCGUGGAAAAAUACAAUAACAUUUUUUUUUCAGUUAGAAAGCUACAUUUUACGCUUCCCUACGGGGGAAAACAACAAAGAUGCUCUCGGAGUUGAGCGAGUGGUUCUGGCAGGAGGAACUGUGGUUUCCAAAGGGUCUGGGCUGGGCUGACCUGGAGGAUCGGGAUGGACGAGUAUAUGCUAAAGCCCGCGACUUGUGGAUGGCACUCCCCAUGGCCCUUGUAUUCCUCAUUAUCCGUCAGAUGUUUGAAAGGACGGUGGCUAUACCCUUGGCCUCUCUACUUGGGGUGAGAGAGACAGUACGGCUCAAAGCCCCUCACAACCCCACACUGGAGUCCCACUACUGUAAUGUUACCAAAUACCCCACACAGACUUCAAUAGCACGUCUUUGCAAGCAAACUGGUUAUUCAGAAAGACAAUUGCAGCGAUGGUUCAGGAGAAGGAGGAACCAGGACAGACCAAGCCUGCUGAAAAAAUUCAGAGAGGCCAGUUGGAGAUUUACCUUUUACCUUCUUGCUUUCAUUGCUGGCCUAGUCGCCCUCAUCGAUAAACCUUGGCUGUAUGACCUGAAGGAGAUGUGGAAAGACUUUCCUGUGCUGACUCUCCUGCCAUCUCAGUAUUGGUACUACAUGAUUGAGCUGGGUUUCUACAGCUCACUGCUCUUCAGUCUGGCUUCUGAUGUCAAACGCAAAGACUUUAAGGAGCAGAUUGUUCACCAUGUAGCAACCAUCCUCCUCAUCAGCUUCUCCUGGUGCGUAAACUACAUCCGUGCUGGAACUCUCAUCAUGCUGUUGCAUGACUCCUCUGAUUACCUCCUUGAGUCAGCUAAGAUGUUCAACUAUGCUGGGUGGCGAAAUGCCUGUAACUACUUAUUCAUUGUAUUUGCUGCAUUCUUCAUCUUCACUCGUCUGGUCAUUUUCCCCUUCUGGAUUAUUUACUGUACGUGGGUAUACCCAGUGACCAUCUAUGAACCAUUCUUUGGCUACUACUUCUUCAAUGGACUUUUGAUGAUUCUGCAGUGUUUACAUAUCUUCUGGGCUGUCUUCAUCAUACGCAUAGCGAUACGCUUCCUCACAGACAGUGCAAAAGUGAAUGAUGACAGGAGUGACAAAGAUGAAACAGAUGACUCAGAAGAGGAGGAAGAAGAGGAGAAGAUGAAAAAUGGACCGCUGCAGAAUGGUCACACGGUCCACAACAACAACCAUAGCAAGACAGAGUGAAAUCAAACAGGUGCUAGGACUGAGGAAUGUGAGGACUGAUAUUCCUGAGCAGGGGAGUAGGAGGGAGGGAUGAAUAGUGAGACAAAGAAGGGAUGUGGGUAAAGGAGUUGGUGAGUCAUCUCCUAAAACACAGAACGACAGGUAUGUGUCUGUGGAGAUUCUCAGUCAUCCAAAGUGAAGUGCUAAAGUUGUCAACUGGACUAAUGACUCCACAGAGAUUAAAUAGCUGGGACUACCCGCCAGUCUGUCAGAACUGAACAAGCUUCUCAGAUGAGAGGUGAAAUAUCUUCACAAACCUCAAGCAAGUCCAUUUGAUAUCUCCAGUACUUUGGCUACAACAGCAGGUAUCCUGAGGAAGGGUGACACUGUUACUUUUCCACAACACAAAAAACACUCACACAUGUUCAUUUGUACUUUUAGAAGGCAGAUGAUAUACACUACAUUUGUCAUCGGAGAACAAUGUUUCACUGUGCAGGGUGAGUCCCAAACUUUCAUUGAGACAAGGAGAAAAUGGAGAGGACAGAGGAGCGGAGUGAUGUUGCUUCUACUUUAGCUUUCUUGUUCUAACUGUGUGCCUUAGAGCCAGUGAACGGCUGUUAAAAUGCCAUUUUAUAGCUUUCUGCUUUAAUCUUGUGUUGCCGUAUUGCAUUUAUUAUUGUUUUCUACUAUAAGAUCAAGAGAGAGAUGAAGUGAGUUUAAUGAAUGUGAGACAAUAGGGCAUUUAUCUCCCUAAUUUUAUGUCUGUGCAACUACAUAAGUGUUUGUUCAGCUAUUGCAACCAGUUUUGCACAAAAAUACAGUGUAUCUUGUAUCAUAUAUCUGUAAUAACUUGCAGUAGGACUGAGUGCCUCUGCUCUCCAGUGAGCCCUGUGCCAUUCACAAAGUGGUUGGCCUUGUAAGGUUUAAGGAGUAAAUUUGGUUUCAGUUUUUGUUGAUAAAUAGCAUGAAAAUCUUGCUUUCUUAUCUUAAUUUCAUUUUGAAUCAGCUGUGUACAAUUCCCGCCGAUGUCUCAUGUGUAAAGGCUGCAGUUCUUAAUUCCAGUAUUACUCAGAAAUGAGCGUUCAACAAAAACGCUGCAAGAGAAACCACAGCUUCCUGUUAGGUUUGACAGAACUGGAUGCUUUUCUUUCUUAUCUGGCUAAAGUAGUUGGAUUCAGUUGAACCGCAGUGAUGAUGAUGAUGACAAAGUGAUGACUCAGUAAGAUCAAUUUGGUUUGCUCUGUUGAAAUGUGGCAGUUUUACUAAGGCUGAACGGGACUGAUUAAUCAUUUCCACAAUUUACAAGUAUUGGCCAGAUUUCUUAUAUCAUUGCCAAGUAGCCUGGGUUAUGUUGUGAAGAGGAUGGUUUUAGUCCUGAUUCUGUGUAUGAAUUGCAUCUGUAGGUUCUUUGUUUUUUGGAAAAAAAUCUGGUGUUUAGGAGUUCAGUGUUUCGGUUGUGAAAGAAAUGAGAAAUUCAUGAACUAAGUGUUCCAAGUUUGGUGUUAUGCUUUAACGUUUUAUGUAUGUCAAGUGCCUUAUCUGUAGUUUUUGGGAAGCUCUCGCUUCUGUCUUCAUGUCCUCUCCUUUUCCUUCCUGUUUACAUCUCACAUCACAGAUUCAGUUAUAAGGUUAAACACUCCUCCUCCUCAAUGUCUCAUUCAUCACUCAUUUUCCACGUCCUCGUAAUAAACGAUCCUCCAUUCAAACUCACGCUCAUUCCACCACCAUGUUCGUUUUUUACUAACCCAGACCAACCAGCAACCUCUCUACCCAGGUGAUACCGAAGAAACAGAUGUGUCCUAAUUACAGUGUUAUUUUUUAAUUUUGUAUUUUUACUUUAAUGAUACCUAAGUAUUGUUAUUAAUAAUAAAAGCAAAGUUCAUGAAUCACAAUGACAACCUUGUGAAGUUGAUUCCAUUUCUUUAUUCGGCACAUCAGCGAGUCCCACAUCAUAAAAAUUCAAACAUGUUUUUAGAGAUACAGAAGACACUGAUGGAAAGCAGCUAAGUGUAUUUGCUUAUUAUUUUAUAUAUUAUUUGCACCACUCCACUACAUUUCAGAGGAAGAUUGCACUUUUUACCCCACUACAUUUAUCAGCUGUAGUUAUUUUGCUUGCAUUUUUCAUACAAAGAUAUGACCAUCUUACAAGCUAAAAGAAUUGUACAUUUUUCCACUUCAUUUGACAGCUGAAGUUACUAGUACUAAUUCUACUAAAAAUAUGAUUGCUAUUAAAAUAUUAAGUAAC